CGAGGUCACGUAUUUUAUAUACAUUGUCGUGCAUUGUUUGUAUGUUGAGUUAAGCUGUUUUGUGUUUAGUGUAACGUUACGGACUUAACUUUGAGACCGAAUUUUUCCUUAAAGUUUCUAAUCUGUCAACCAGAAGUGAGAAUAAAUAUCCAAGGUCCAUUAGACCAGUUACUUACAAGUGAAGAUGGUUGGUGUAGACAAAACUAAAAGAACAGGCAGGUGGUACUUUGGUGGGACAGCCAGUGCCAUGGCUGCAUGCUGCACUCAUCCUUUGGACCUACUCAAGGUACAUUUACAGACCCAGCAGGGGUCUAAGGUAACCUCGCUUCAGAUGGCUGUGAAGGUGGUUAAAAAUGACGGGGUACUGGGGCUUUACAAUGGGCUCUCUGCCUCUGUUUGCAGACAGCUAACAUACUCCAUGACUAGAUUUGCAAUUUAUGAAACUGUGAAGACUUCAUUGACCAAAGAUGGAAGGAACAUGCCAUUUUAUGAAAAAGUUGGUCUGGCUGCUUUUGCUGGGGCUGCUGGUGGCUUCAUUGGGACCCCUGCGGACUUGAUCAAUGUCAGAAUGCAAAAUGAUGUCAAGUUACCAAAAGAAGAGAGAAGAAACUACAAGCAUGCUAUAGAUGGACUGUACAAAGUGGUGCGCUAUGAAGGUCCCCUCAAGGCCUUUAAUGGUGCCACCAUGGCCAGCACAAGAGCUGUGCUUGUUACUGUUGGACAGCUGGCCUGCUAUGAUCAAUUAAAAAAUUUACUCCUCAAGUCUGGAUUUUUUCAAGAUAAUUUGGUUCUACAUUUAACAUCCAGUACACUUGCAGGCACAAUAGCAACAUUAUUAACUCAACCUCUUGACGUGAUGAAAACUAGGAUGAUGAAUGCUCCAAGUGGAUACUAUAAGAGUAUAAUGUCAUGUGCUGUUGAUAUUGGUAAAAAUGGACCUACAGGAUUCUUUAAGGGUUUUAUUCCAGCGUUUGUUCGCUUGGGUCCACACACCGUACUUACAUUUGUUUUCUUUGAGCAAAUUCGCCAAAACUUUGGUGAUGACCCUGCCUGAUUUAGUCCUCACAGCUUAUAUAUUUCUUUUGUUUUUCUUCUAUCUGUUGUGGGAGUAUUUGCUAAAAAGAUUAUACUUUACAUUGAGAGACAAGUUUUCUCAGCAGAAUGUGUUGAAAUACUUUUGUUAAUUUUUUUUAAAUUACUAAUCAACUUUGUUGGCUUUGUAAACAUAUAUUUUACAUCAAUACAUAUAUUACUGUGUACAUGUGCGGUCUCUGAAAUUCUGUACAUUAAGUUUAUGUUAAAGAUAUUAAGAAAAGAUUUACAAUUGAAUCUCAGGCUGUAAAGAUACAUGUUAUCAUUAUUUAAUAUCAGUUUGUGUUACUACAAUGUAGUUUUGCUGACUAAGGGUAGUAAACUAAAACAAAUGUGAAGUGACUUCGAUGCAGACAGUUUAGAAAUACUGAAACAAGAUGUUAAUUUUAAGGGUCAGCAUAUUAUUAAUAUUCAGGCAAAAUUGUUUCACUACUUUUUCUUUUAAUUAUAUGUUUAUGUUUUAAAUGUUAGAAAUAACUAUUGUUGCAGAAUUCAACAGAUUUAAUUACUUUAUACUUUUGUAAAUACCAUUUUAAUUUUUUUUAAAUAUUCUUAAAUAAUUUAUAUUGUGUUAUUAAAGUUCACAAAAUAGCUGUGAUCUUUGUUGCAGAUAUAAAAAAUUGUGUAUCUUGUGAUUUAAGGCUGUGAGUUUAGACAGGUUAACCAGAAAUGCUAAAAGAAACUGCUGGUACAAGGUUAAGCACAGUCUGUAACACAAACAUAUUAUUACAUUUAUAAAUUAAAUUUUGUUUAUUAUGAUCUGUUAGAUAUACAUAUUUUUAAAUGUAUAUUGUUAAAAAAGAUGUAGGUUCAUGUCUGGCUCUCAUUUAGUGUUUUUUUUUACCAUCCUUUGAGCAGUGGCGUGUUUCUCCUCUUAUAGAAUAUUCAUUAUGUUAAACAUGUUCACUGCCAUCUCUUAAUGCUAGUAUUAAUAGUAUUGAUUUCUAAUACAUUUGUCUGUUGGGCCAAGUAUGAAUGUUUAUUGACUUUUUUUUCUAUACUUCAGAAUGCUUAUACUUAAAACCUAAUAACAAACUGUCAUAUUUUGCUGAAAACUGAGUUUAGCCUGACCAUGAAAGUGUGUGUGUUGCUUUUUUUGUCUAUUGUGACCAAUAAGGGGAGAUUGAUAAAAAUCAGACAAAGUACAAUCUCAGGGUUUUGAAUUAGAUGUACUAAUUGGUUUCUUCAUAGUUUAUACAUUAGAUAUACCAAUUGUUUUUUCAUAGUUCAUACAUUAGAUGUACCGGUGGAUUUGUUUAUAUUUUUUUUAUUGUUCUGUCAGAAACCAAGACUUAAGAAAUGGUUGCUAAAAAUAAAUAUUCAAUUUAACAAAAUGAAGCUAUAACAAAAAAUGUCAAGAGUAACUUUUUUGUUAUUGUUAGAUAGUAUUUGAGUGUAAACAAUAACUAACAUUUUGCAUUGUGAGUGGUUCGCAAGAAAUUGGUGAUUAGAAAAGUGCUACUUAAGUAAAGAAAACAUGAUGAGUGAUAGUUAUUCCAUUUAUAGAAUAUUUUUUUAGUGUCUAGUAUGUGUUACAUAUUUGUCUGUAAUAAAUAACCACAUUUCAUUUACUUAACACAUGUACUAACACAAAGUUUAAAAAUUGCAUUUCAUAACUAUAUUAGAACAUUGAUGUAAAAGUGGUGCUACAAAUUAACUAAUACCAGUUUAGUUUUUUGAGUUUCACUCAAGCAUGACAAAAAUUACCGUUUUUAUUUGAUAGAAUAUUAUUAUAGUUUUGUGUAUUGAAUAUAGUUUAUAGCAGUAUAUUAAUUAUAAUAAAAGCCUCACUAGUGUUUGAAAAAAGAUUUUAUACAACUUGUUAUAACACUAUAGUUAAUAAAAGUAAAGUUCCCAUUUGAACCUGAAGGUCUAUUGAAGUAGAGUUCACUUCUUUCUGUGACCUCGACAUAUGAAGGGAUAUAAUUAAUAAUAUCUAAAGCUAAUUACCAUUAAAUAUAGUGGUGUGGUGUAUCUUAUUAUUCGUUGGGGAAAUUUUUAAAAAUACAAGCGUGUAUUAUGAUGUGUAAUAAAAAAUAAGCCUGACACUGACAGCUCAUUUUUUUUAAAUACUAGUUUGAAUUUAAUUUACUACUGAUACCUUGUUAUAGGGCAUUGUGUUGACAUAUAGACAAUCUAGAAAUAACUCAAGAAAUUGUGUUUUGACCUCUAGACCAGCUAAAUGAACAACAAAAAUGUUGUACAAAAUUAUUUUGUAAAAAAAAAACUUAUAUUUUUAAAUUUUUUGAUUGUUUUAAUUAUUCAUUCUGACAAUGUCAAAACUUAAAAACAGUUUUUGUUCUAUUCUUGAGAAUAUGUCCCUUGUUUAUUAACUUCAUUUGAUUUAGUUACUUAUUUAGGUCAGCUUAUUAAAUAUCUCAUUUGAUUUUAGCAACAGUAAACAUACUUUCCUGUACUGGUUGAAGACUUAAUAACUUAGAAGUUUUUAAUGUAAUGCAUAUUUUGCACUUUCCCAAUUUACUGGUACUAAAAAUAGGGAUAACAAAUUUUGUUUCAUUUAUCCACUUCUUUAAACAGGUACUUUGUAUUUUAAAAGAUAAAACUUAUAAGAUUCAGUGUUUUCUUUAUAAUCAGAUACCAAGUUUUAUAAAAUCUGCAAUAAGCUUGGUCAGUAUUUGUUGCAUAAAUGGUGUUGUCAAAAGAUUUCUGAAAACAAAUUCUUAGCUCAACUUGUACUUUAAGACCAGAACAAAUAAAUUAUCCUUAUGCUUCAUGCAUUAAGUGCUUAAAAUAUUUACAGUAUUCAUAUCACUAUAUAUGGGGGUGGG